AUGGCUUCCUCGAAUGGAAAUUUUUCAGCAUCCAUGCCUGUUCUCAAAGGCAAGAACUAUGAUGAUUGGUGUGCUCAGAUGAACGUAAUCUUUCGAUUUCAAGAUGUGACAGAAGUGGUGCAAGAAGGGGUUCAAGAACUUGACAGGAACCCAACUGAUGCACAGAAGGUGACUCACCGUGAUUUGAUGAAAAAAGAUGCAAAGGCGUUGUUCAUUAUUCAUCAGUGUGUAGAUGCAGAUAAUUUUCAAAAAAUUAGAUCUGCUGAUACUGCAAAGAAGGCAUGGGAUACUCUAGAGAAAUCCUAUGCAGGGGAUAGCAAACUCAAGAAGGUGAAGUUGCAGACCUUGAGAAGGCAGUAUGAACUUCUACAGAUGAGUGAUCAAGAAAGCAUUGGUGAGUUCUUUUCUCGAAUCUUGGCAAUUACAAAUCAAAUUAAUGCUUAUGGUGACAAGCAAUCAGACUUGGGGAUCAUUAACAAGGUAUUAAGAACCUUGACACUAAGAUUUGAUCAUAUAGUGGUGGCAAUUGAGCAAGGCCAGAAUCUUGAAGAGAUGAAGAUUGAAGAACUGCAAGGAAUUCUUGAAGCUCAAGAGAUGAGGCUCAAUGAAAGAAAUUCACAAAGAUCAGUUGAGCAAGCUAUGCAAGCCCAAACAACCAAAGGGAACAACUAUGAUGGUGGCAAGAAUAAGAAGGGAAAGGGAAAGUGGAAGAACAAUAAGUGGAAGGGGUCAAGUGAGGGCUCCAGCAGUUCUGAAAAUCAUAACCAGAAUGAAGAAACAGACAAGAAAGGUGGAGGGAAUCACAAAGUGGAUGAAUGCAGAAAUAAAAGGGUUCCAAGAAAUGCAGAUGAGGCUCAAUUGACACAAGAUGAGGAUUUUGACUCUGAUAAAGUGUUACUAAUGGCAACAACAAACUCAGAAGAAGACAAUGUUAAUUUGUGGUAUCUUGACACAGGCUGUUCCAAUCACAUGACUGGACAUAGAGAGUGGUUUGUAAACAUUGAUGAUAAGGUGAAGAGCAAGAUCAAGUUUGCAGAUAACAGCUCUGUAACUACAGAAGGCAUUGGAAAGGUGAUGAUUCAGAGGAAGGAUGGACAACACUCAUUUAUCAAUGAUGUGCUAUAUGUUCCCAAUAUGAAGAAUAAUUUGCUGAGUUUGGGACAGUUGCUAGAAAAGGGCUACUAA